CCAAACAUCCCACAGCCCCAGAGCCUCGCCGGUUGUCAUAUCUCGCCCGCCCGCCACGGAGCCCGCCGACACUCCUUUGACCCAGCAAUCCCUCCACAACCACUGGCGACGCCCAGUACCUACGACACCAUGCUGCCGCUAGGGCUCCUCAACGCGGCACAGGGCCACGCCAUGAUGGUGGAGCUCAAGAACGGCGAGACGCUCAACGGCCACUUGGUCAUGUGCGACACGUGGAUGAACCUCACGAUGAAGGAGGUGGUGCAGACGAGCCCCGAGGGCGACAAGUUUAUGCGGUUACCCGAGAUAUACGUCAAGGGCAACAAUAUAAAAUACCUCCGAGUCCCGGACGAGGUGAUCGACCUGGUGAAGGAGCAGCAGCAGCACCAGCAACAACAGGGCCAGCAGAGCGGCUUCCGUGGCGGCCGAGGCGGAGGCCACCAUCACCGCGGGGGUGGCGACCACGGCCACCGGGGUGGUGGUGGCGACAGGGGACGGGGCGGCCGUGGAAGGGGAGGCCCCCGCGGGGGUAGAGGACGGGGGGGUGGUGCACAAUAAAACACUUCCCAAGGGAGGAAAGAGGAGGGGACAUGUGGAAAAAAAAGGAGAACACCGCUGCGCGCCACCGCCGUUGUCGGCGUUUGCGGAAACCAACCGAUGAUACCAGACCUACACCGACCCACCGAUCUAUACCCAGAAAGGCAUACAGCACACUUCCCUCGAUACUGCUUUUUCCGUGUAUUCGAGGGGUUGGUUGUCGUGUUGCUCGCCGCCCUGCAGUCUCGGUAAAAGUGUUGCUUGAAGUGCGGAUAGCGAGACUCGGAGGGGGUGGUGACGGCCAGGAGCCACUUUGAAGGACCAAAGAAGCAGCCUGGUCUUCCUUACCGAACUGGAUUUCUUCUCCAUUUAACGUGGAAAGGGUGUGAUCGGGACGGAACGUCCCUUUUGGUGCGUUUAUGCUGCAAGGUAGUCAAGGUCAAACCAGAGUUCAAACGUUCGUGUUGAAAGUGGGCCAGCGACAUUAGGAGAGGUAUACCUACCGAGCUGUGUCUCCGUGAAGUAUCAUGGCCAAGAGAAAAUAAACCAAAGCAGCAACUCUCUGCACUGCUACGACCUGAUGCCAUUGCGGGAGAAGCCCCUG